AUGGCCAAUUUCCUCGCUUCCAUUUUCGGAACCGAGCUCGACAAAGUCAACUGCUCUUUCUACUUUAAAAUCGGCGCAUGCCGCCAUGGCGACCGCUGCUCCAGGAAACACGUCAAGCCCUCCUACAGCCAGACCAUCCUCAUGCCCAACCUCUACCAAAACCCCGCCUACGAUCCCAAGAACCGCAUGAACCCCGCCCAGCUCCAAAACCACUUCGACGCCUUCUACGAGGACGUGUGGUGCGAGUUGUGCAAAUACGGCGAGUUAGAAGAACUCGUAGUCUGCGACAACAAUAAUGACCACCUAAUCGGUAACGUCUACGCCCGGUUCAAAUACGAAGACAGUGCCCAAAAAGCCUGCGACGACCUAAACUCCCGCUGGUACGCCGGCCGCCCCAUCUACUGCGAGCUCUCCCCCGUCACCGACUUCCGCGAAGCCUGCUGCCGUCUUAACUCCGGCGAGGGCUGCGUCCGUGGCGGCUUCUGCAACUUCAUACACCGCAAGAACCCCAGCGACGAGCUCGAUCGCGAACUCGUUCUCAGCACAAAGAAGUGGCUCAAGAUGUCCGGCAAGGACGAGAAGACGCCGUCGAGGUCGCCUACGCCUGAACCUACGAGGAGGAGGUAUUAA